UGUAUGGGGUCUUGGAAAUCAGCACAGUCCCGGGAGAGUCGGAAGGUAGAAAGUGUUUUCCCUUUGCCCUUCGCCGUAGAAAAUUUAUUUUGCCUGCGUGUUACUCCGCGAUGUGACACCGCGCGGGGCUUGGCGGCUACCUGGAGCUCCAACCAAGGCGUCCGUGUGGAUUUAUCUGACGAUCGAUACUCGAGGACAGGCGUCUGGGACAAAAAUCAAAGUAAGCGCUGCCUGUAUGAUCGUCAUUCGCGACAGCUGCUGCCUUUUUGUAUCUGCCUAGUGGGGAGGGGGGCAACGUGAAGUUUUGCUUCUCCGUGUUUCGUUUUUACAGAUUCUUGUACGAUUGCGUCUCUGUUGGAAAACUUAAGUGUUGACAAUGUUUUGAUUCAGCACAGACUCACAACAGACGAUUGAUACUUCAUCUGGCGUGUUGGCCACAUCUUCCGGUGUCCUCGAGACCGGACGUGGACGGAAAAAGUUUUUUGUUGACGUUUUUCUGCGAGAGUGGAAUUGAAAGGGCACCGUUAUACACGGGGCUACAGCUGGGACCCAUCUUCCACAUCUGGAACGUUUCGUAGCAUUUCUCCAACGUUGGAGCAUCCAAGAGCGAAGGGAAUUGGGUAAAGUUGGAACUAAGAGCAGCAACCAUGGGAAAAGAUCAGGAACUUUUGCAGGCCGCCAAAAACCAGGACGUGGUGACUAUGCAGAGGCUGGUGGCCAAGGCGAGAGCAGCCAAGCCCAAACUACUGGGAUCUUCCAAGAGGAUAAAUCUGAACUUCCAAGACCAGGAUGGGUUUUCAGCUCUGCACCAUGUGGCUCUGAAUGGUAACUCUGAAAUCCUGAGACAACUGCUCGAAGCGCAGGCAAUGGUAGACAUCAAGGAUAAUAAGGGUAUGAGGCCACUCCACUAUGCAUCCUGGCAGGGGAAGCUGGAGCCAGUAACCCUCCUACUGCGGGCGGGGUCCAGCGGAAACCUGGCAGCUCAUGACGGACAGAUCCCGUUGCACCUGGCUGCACAGUAUGGGCACUUUGAUGUGUCUGAGACCUUGCUGCAGCAUGGCUCCAACCCCUGCAUAGUCAACAACACCAGCAAAACUCCACUGGAUCUGGCUUGUGAGUUUGGUAGACGACAGGUGGUGGAGUUGUUACUGCACAGUAACAUGUGUGCGGUGCUACUAGAGGCCACUCCCAGAGACAAGUGUGACAAGAACGGUAUCACCCCACUCCACCUGGCUGCCAGGAAUGGCCAUGUAGACAUUAUGAGGUUGCUGAUCCAGGCAGGAAUAGAUGUGAACAGGGAGACUCUAACUGGGACUGCCCUGCACGAGGCAGCUCUGUAUGGCAAGACAGAUGCAGUCAGAUUACUCAUAGAGUGUGGGGUAGAAGUGAGUAGGAGAAACUCCAGGAACCAGACAGCCCUGGACAUCGUGAACAAGUUCACUACCUCCCGAGGGAGUAAGGACAUCAAGCAGAUGUUGAGAGGUGCAGCAGGUUUCCCUAUGGCCAGGGCUAUCAGAGAACACUACAAUGCUUAUGACCCAACCAGUCUGUCGUUCAAAGCAGGCGAUGUUAUCACGAUAAUCCAGGAGCACCAUGAUGGUAGGUGGAAGGGUGUGGUGUGUGAUGAGGAGACGGAGAGGACCGGAUUCUUUGACCCCAUGUACGUGGAACUCAUGGACAUGCAGAGAGUCAGUCAAGAUUACACUGAUGGAGGGUUACAGCCAUAUAACACCAUGCAAAGAUCAAAUAAUUACCAAGGAUACCAUCCCUAUGCCACAUUGGGCCCCCAGUUCCCCCACUCCUCAUCGGAUGGCCUGACCCCAACCCAGGGAGGAAUCCCCCCACCCCAGUCCCCGGGCAUCUCCGGAGACAUCCCUGGCCCCUACGCUGCCUACCCUCAGCCCCCCAGAGAUCUACCGAUGGGUAGCAGUGCUUAUCCUGAACGAGAGGAUUCUGGGAUAUACUCGGAAUCUCCAUCCACAGCGUCGUUCAAGAGAGCGUCUCUUGAUGCAAGAUUUUCCGAUCCCCAAACAGAUAGCUUCGAUCAACUGUCAGGCUAUGGAGGUCGUCCAACUGGGGUCAUGGGCUUGGAGAGUGGGUCGGCGACUCUGCCAAACAGGGGAACAAAACAUAGGUAUAACUACCACCAAGGCGAUGGAACGGAGGCCCCUGACACCCCGCCAAAGAGGAAGUCAGACAUGAUAGAGGGGGCCGAGGCUGAACCGCCUGCGUACAGCGAACCACACCUGCCUCCAGCCGCGCACCCCCCAUUCCUCACGAGUAAACAAGCAAAGUACGACACUCCCAGGCCCCCCAAUGCGGCCAUGGGGGAUGAGGUCUGGUUGCCACGGAAGUCGUCGUCGGACAACGGGAGUGCGGGCAGCAGGGACAGUGUGGGGAGUAUGGGCAGCGGGCGCAGUGCUGGGUCAGGACAGAGUCAGAGCAGCGGUGGACAGGCGGUGGCACAGACACAACAAAUGAGGCCAUGGCCAGAGACCAGACCGCCCCCACCAUCAGGGACCAGUCACCAGCCAGCCGCCUACCUCGGUGCUGAACCCGCCGCCAGUAUUGCAGCCCGAGGAUCCAGUAGGAGCUAUGAGAACAUGCUGACGGACAGACAAAGGCCGCCUUAUGGUGACACCAGGCCGUCCAGUGACUCGGGGACGUACAGGAACAUUGACAACUAUGCCGACUUCCCUGCCACAGAGAUGAAGCUCAUGGAGGGAAAGGAUGCAGAGACUAUCUACAGCUGGCUGUAUGAGUUUGGACUUCAGCAGUACACCAAUAAUUUCAUAAGUGCAGGUUACGACUUCCCUACCAUCAGCAGGAUGACCCCUGAGGACCUGAAUGCAGUAGGAGUGACCAAGCCUGGCCAUAGGAAAAAGUUGGCUCAUGAGAUCACCAACCUCCACAUACCAGACGGACUGCCAGACUACAAGCCGCAUGAUGUUCUGGAGUGGCUGGGAGCCAUGGGGCUGGAACAGUACCACUCUACCCUGGUGGAGAAUGGCUACGAUGCCAUCGACUUCAUCACAGACAUCACAUGGGAGGAUCUCCAAGAGAUUGGUAUCACAAAGCUGGGACAUCAAAAGAAGUUGAUGCUGGCAGUGCACAAACUGUCGCAGAUCCAGCGAGGAAUCCUCCCGCAGGUGGACAGGAACGAGAUCUCGCUCCCGUCACAGCGCAUGGCGCCCCGCGUGCCACAGCAGACGCUGGAGAUCCUCACCAUCGAGUCCCAGCCUGACAAGGUGCAAACCCAGGUAAAUAUGGUUCUAGAAGAGAGGCCCACCCAAACGACCUUCUCGACCUUCAAGGAGAACACAGACCAUGGCAUUGACCUUACGGGGGAGGCCAGCUCCAGCUCCAACAGACACAGUGUGCUCAGCAACGAGAGCAUCUCCUCCAUGUUGUCAGACAAUGCUGAUGCGUUUGUAGGUACAGAGGAGUUCCAGCAGGCAGAGCGUCAAGAGAACGAGUUGAGGAUAGACGAGGCGCAACAGGACACGGCCGAGCAGAAGAAGUACGCCACCUUGGGGAAGUCUUCCAAAACUGCAGCCAGCCUGAACAGAUCGCCUGUCAGGGUGCCUGUUCUCAGCUCGUUUUCAGGUGCAGGUAGACCCCCUUCCAGUUCUGACUCUGAUUCUGGCUUCUACUCAGCUGGACAGUUCCAGCCGGGAGACAGGAGUUCCCAGGGGAGCUUCGAGGGGAUCACUGUCCGACCCGGCGUGUCCUACAGCGGCGUGGCACGCUCACAGAGCUUCCGUAACAGCACGGACGAACAGUCCUUGCAGCAGAAGUCCACCGCUCCCGUCGCACGAAGCACAUCCUUCUCUGUCGGAGGGAAGGGGAAGAAACCGGCCCCUCCUCCACCAAAACGUGGGAACUCCAAGAUAUCGGAAACACCCGCUAUAAGCACCUUGUCGGGGAAGCCAAACCACCUGCCUCCUCCACCACCACCACCCCAACCUGGGAUGGAACUGCCACAAGUAGUCAACCAGGCUUGUUACGCCAACUACAGUCAGGUGCAUAUCCCACCAAUUCCUGUGUCGUCUAGUCCUGUGCAUGUUUCACAUCCUGUGGCACAGUCCUCACAGGACAAUGUAGAUCUUCAUGUUAGUAAUGGGGAGAACGGUAGUUCCCCUGAGAGUCAGGACGAGGCGAGAGAUGUCAGAAGUAUUGCAGCCAUGUUGGAAAGUUCCAAAAAGCUUGGGAUGUACCAAACAGCAGAGGUGCAGGAGGGUACAGGUACGAUCAAAAGGCAGAAUUCUCAAGAAAGGCAAAGGACUAAUUCUUUGGGCCAGGUUCCUGUGCCCACCCCUCCUGCCUUGGUGCAACCCAAGAAAGAGUCACCUCCGAGCACUCUGCAGAAACCGGUUCAGAGUAAAACUCUGGAGAGGAAAGAGAGUUUGAAACAUGACACUGUGCCAGCCUCUUCAACACAGGAUGAGCCAGACUGGAUUAAAAAGAUAAAGCAGAAAAAACAGGAAAAGAUCAGAGAGGAGGAGGAAAAACAGAAGGAAUAUGAAAAACAGCCUGUGUGGCUGAGAAAUCUGAAGGAAAAGAAAGCGCAGGAAGCAACAAAAACUGAAACUGAUGAAAAGAUAAGCACCCAAAACAGUACAGAGAACGGAGUUCCACCCAAACAGGCUGUGUCAGCUUUAGCACAGAAACUUGGACCUGUCGCUUCUGAAUCAAAACAGCCAAAAGCACCAAAUGGAAAGGAGAAAGAAAGCAAAGGUGUUGCAAAAGGAAGAACUGACAGUGUGAGAGCGAAUGCUCCAAGUCCAUCCAUGAGACUAAACGCUUUAGAUAGUGACGAGGGGGAUACUGGCUCCCCGAGAGACUCAUCAGAAGUUAGUGCUAACCCUGUGUCUAAUAACAUAUUUGUGAAAAGUGACAAAGAAAAAGAGCCAAGCAAAAGAGACUCUACUUCCUCAGUAACCUCACUGCCAUUCGCAGAGGAGGGCAACCUCACAAUUAAGCAGCGCCCCCGGACAAACUCUGCCAGAACUACAAGUAGUAGUGAAGGGGAUGGCAAGCCUGAAACAGAGCAAGCGCAGGACCUCAGCCCAGAGCCCCUAAUUGACACUCAGAGUCGGAGUGUGGGGAGCAUCAUUAGCAGCUUGGAUCUUGGGAAGAAGGAUGGGGUCAGCUCCAGGUCAAUGUCCUCUAGUACCCCUCCUGUCUCCCCUGUGGACAAGUCACCGUCUCACAAGCCAGCUGUCGCCCCAAAACCUGCCAACAGCCCAAAGAGGUCCGCCUCCAUAACACGAGGGGAAAAGCUGCCACCGCCUCCACCAAACCCUCCGCAGGAGGUCAAGGGUCAGGACGUCAAGGCACUAAGGUCAAGUGUGCGGCAGGAGAAGAUAGUGAAUGUGUCUGGUCAGGUGUCGCCAGUGAAACCACUUUCUCCAAAGAAGCCCUCGCUGAAAUCCAUCAAACCUGCCCCUGCUCCUCCCACCAUGCAGAGAGCAGGCCCUUCUGCUAUCAGUCAGGCUGGAGGGCUUCUGUCACCCAAGGGCAUUAUCCCUGCCAACCUGGACCAGCACCCCCAUCCAAUUGGGGCACCCUACCACACCACAGGGAACACCUCCGACGCAACGUUUGCCACAAAGAUAAAGCAACUAGAGAAGUGCCUUCCAGAAGACAAGAAGAAAGCUGCAGCUGCUGCAGCCCCAGUGAAAGCAGCCCCCCCUCCUCCAGCACCUAAAGCCCCACCUGCAGCUGCACUGGCAGGACCCAGACAGGUGGCCCGGGGAGCAAGUGAGGAUGAUGCAGAGAAACUUGAAGAGGUGGUGAAAGCGGUGACCAGUACGGGGAAUGUUCUGGACGACAUUGGCAGCAUGUUCGAUGAUCUGGCUAGCGAGCUAGACGCCAUGUUGGACUUCGAGGACUAGCGAAGACGUCAUCGUGUUCAUCUUCUACACUUUCCUAGAAGUCUUUGUCAACUGACCACAAACUGUUGAUAAACCUUCUGUGUACUGCCAAAUAAGGAAAACAUGGUACAAGAACAGUACAGUAGACCAACCUGAAUUGCCUCUCCUGUAUGUAAUGACAAAGGGUAUAUCUGGCUUUAUCUAGGAGGGCUACACUCAUGCAGCCUUGGUUAUCUUUUUUAGAACUUGCAGUUGAGAAAAUAACGGUCAAGAAAUCAGAAAAAAGGACGUGUCUUGAGGAAGGUAACUAGUGAAGACAAGCCCAGGGACAUGAAGAGGAGUUUGUAAAAAUGUAAUAAGGAAUGUGACAGUGAAAUGUAGAUGUUAGGCUUGAUUGUUACUCAAGGGGAAGUAAUACCCAACAAAGUCUGAGAGCAAGUUCAAACCGAAGAUGGACUGAAAAGGAAAGAUGCCUCACACUCACAGUUUUAAAUCUAACAUAGAUUAUUUUUUAUUAUGGUGUCCCUUUGAUUUAGAUUUGUUCACUUCUAAAAUUUCUAUGUAGUUAGUGCUUUGUGAUUAGUUAAGACCCCUUUGUAAAAGUGUUAUAGGCUCUGUGAUUAGUUUAUACCCUUUGGUUUAGUCCUUGUGUUUGUUGUGUGUUUUCAUCAAAUGGUCCUGUGAAUAAACAUGACGUUACUAAAAUCAGCUAUGUUUCAUAUAAACAGCCUAUAGAAACAGGAUUGUGUGGGGAAAUACCCACUCCUUGUUAAAAUUGUAAAGUCAAAAUUUUGCCAAAUAUGUAUAGAAAUACUUUCAGGAGGUUUGUUGAUAAUGAAUAUUGUAAAUCUUACUGAGAGGCGAACGUUUCGUUGUCAGAUGUGUUCAGAUAUUUUAACUAUGUGUGUUUUUGUGUAUGUGUUCUAUUCACUAAUGUGAAGAAGUGUCUGCAUGUGUGCAAAUGUUUUCUAAAAACAGGCAUUUAUGUGUUAAAUAUUGAUGUGGUAUGAUAUGCUUUCAUCUGUUUAAGCAAGACUUCUAAUAACAUGAAAUUGCACAGAAGACAAACUGUAAGGAAUGUUUAUGUUACUGUGUUGUCAGAGUAUAUAAAGCAGUGUACUUUCUUAAUUAAGAGCUUUCUCUUUCUUUCUGGGUUGAUACCAAAGCCAUACAGAGCCUACAGAUAAUUAACUUUGUUUUGAUGAUUAAAACAUGUUUCUAUGUGGAUUGGCCCAGGGAUUUUUGUACUCUUCACGUAAGCAGACAUUGUUACCUCGCAGCUUACGUUUGUUAUAUUCUGAGGUCAUGUGGGCAAUUUCCCUCCAAAAAGUUGGGAAUAGGGAAGAAAUCUCUUAUGACACCUUUCGAGACUAUCACACUAAAUUGUAGAGAUAUGAGGAAGUGUCACACAUGGAGCAGGAGCAAGCUUCUGUCAAGUUUUUCUGUUAUCUGUCAUGUAAUAAAAGAAGUGAAGAAGUUGUGUAUCUAA